CCUACAAGAUUCGCACUAUACCCAUUGUCUCUCGAGUUUAGAGGGUUUGGCUGCGCAUCCGGGCAUGGUUAGCAGUCUAUACUUUGGACGCGAUACCGCAAUGAAUCAUCCCUUGCCUGCCGGAAUCGCAUUCGAGAGGAUCUUGAAAGCGCUGGAUGGGUGUUUGAAAGCGCAAAAGGAGAUGAUUUCUGUCUAUUUCAAUCAUGGCCAAGCCCUUGAGUAUCUGCUGGCAGGAGCUGAUGGGCAGAAUGUACUCGACUCCCUUGUGCGCUUUGAGAAGUUGCGAGAAGUGUCUAUCGUCAAUAGCAAAGGCAUACCUGAAAGUUUCAGCAACCGCAUUCCAUCCUUUGGCAAUCUCUACAAACUAGAGCUGCUGGGUAUGAGCCAGGAACAGUGCGAUAGAGCUGGACAGGUCUCUGGAGUCUUGAUGUCUUGCCCUUGUUUGAGGGAGUUAUCGCUUUCCACGGUUUGCUCGUGUCGUGAGGGAUNNGACAUGGCAUUACUGCCCACAUUGGUCAGAUAUCUCGAAGAUGCGAAUGGCAAGCAAUUACGGCUAUGCUCGCUACGAUUGGGAUAUGGUUUCCUUCCCAUUGAGACUGGGACAGACUACGUUUCGAGACUGACUGAAUUGUCCGCGCUACAAGCCCUCAGACUUGACAACGAUAAUAUCGGUGUCCAUGAUAUCGGCCGUGAUGCCCCCAUAGAUGCAGCACAGUUCGCAGCAGCCAACAACGUCAAGUCACUGACUGCAGAACGUCUGAGUGCCGAUGUCGUGGUAUUGAUAAGUCUGCUCAAUUCUUCUGGCCAGCUGAUAAAUCUAUCCCUGCCGAGAUUCUGCAACACACAACCUCGCUCAAGAAUGGACGAGACGAACGAGUUCUGGGAUCCCAAGCAAUGGGAUUUGGAAAUUGAAAACCUGCCCGAGUGGGAUCCUGAGCAACUGUUCUCACAGCCGCUAGCCCAGGCAGGAAACCACUGGCGAACCCUCUUGAUCGGGGAUGUUUUCCACACCUGCAAGAUACCCGAAGAUGUGCUUGAUUGCAUCGCAACCUACGACCACCUCGAAGAUUUGACGCUGCCAUUACCCAAGGAGUUGUGGCCAAAGUUCCGCGACGACGUGCUCCCACAACUGCGAAAUCUGCAGCGAUUGUUCCUAGUAGGAAGGGAAAAUGCAAGUGGUUACGCAUUCCAAGGCUUAGUACCCGAUCACACCCAUUGGAAAACGAACACACCGCAAGAAUUCCAAGACCUCGUCGAAAAACAUGAUGCAGAGCUCGAGAAUCACUGGAAAGUUUUUGCACGAGACGUUUUUCGUGCGAACAGAGUUAGCAUCGCUCAGGGUGAUGAGCGCGUAACACUCAAGUAUCUGGGACUCAGUGGGGAUGUGUACACCUGUAUGCUGCUGCCUCCUGGUGCGUCCUGUGGUCUGGCUUCGUUCAGUAUCGCGCAAGAUGGGAAGAGAUGGGAGUACCAUGUUGUUGCUCUGACAAGCAAUGAGGCUGCUGCUUUCAAAAUGAACCGGGAAUGGCACGAGAGCAUUUCAGAGCUGAGGGUAGGAGGAGAUGACGGUGAUAUCGUAUAC